UCUCAUUCUACCUGCGAGUCUCAACUCGACGCCUCUCUUCUGACCGCACACUCUUCCGUUCGCUGUUGCUCGUUUCUGUGUCGUGAUUGGGACCUCACCGGGAUCCUCUCUCGUGUCCGUCGCCGUUGUGGGGGUUUGCCGUGGCUUCAAGUUUCAAGCUUUAUUGUUGUUCUCGGCCAAAGUACGUCGUCUUCGCUGCUGCUGGUGUCGUUCUCAUCUCCUCGUCGGCAUUCUCAAGCUUCACUGUCGUUCUCGUUCUAGGACAAGUCCCUCGUUCGUUGGCUCCAAGCUUCAUCUUCAGAGUUCAACUUGUUCGCGCUCUUCAAGAUUCCUUCAGAGUUCAACUCCAUUCCAGUAUUAUACACCUCAAUGGAUUAAUGGUGCAUCUAAUAGAGUUCCUCCCCACAGAGAUGCUGAAAUAUCAAGAGAGAGAGUAAAAUGCUUUAAUAGCAAUACUACCUGUGAGAUUGACGUGCUUAAAAUCAUCUCCGUCCAAUUUAUAACCUGAGAAUGUGACUUGCUUCUCUCAAAUGGGUUAUCACAGUAUCUGGUCCUGUGGGUGAAUUAUUGACAACCAUAUUUGCUUGGAGGACAAACUUUUUUCCUCCUAGUCUUCAUGAAGCUUACAUGUUUGAACAAAGGUGGGGGAUUCCCCUUCCCGCCAUGUCAUAUGCUGAAUUUUUGUGGGCUUAGGAUCUUAUUGGAUUGCCCACUUGACCUCUCAGCUCUCACAGUGUUCUCUCCUGUACCUACUGGGUCUAUAGCAUUGCCCUGCAAAGAAAGCAGCAACUCUCAAGCCUUUGCUUCUCUAGGCUUAGAAGAUGGGUCUCACAAGAGGCUCAAAAUGGAAAAGCCCCUUGAUGCCAAUGAUUUAAUUUUUGCAGAACCUUGGUACAAGUCUGUUAAAGAUUUACAUCUUUGGAACUGGUGUUCCAUUGAUGUUAUAUUGAUCUCAAGACCUAUGGGUAUACUGGGAUUGCCUUUUCUUACUCGAAUGAAGGGUUUUUCAGCAAAGAUUUAUGUAACUGAAGUAUCAGCAAGAUUGGGCCAGCUUAUGAUGGAGGAUCUUGUAUCAAUGCAUGCAGAGUUAAGGCAGUUUUAUGGACCAGAGGAAUCUAACUUCCCUUCAUGGAUGGGGCAGGAAGGGCUUGAAAUGCUUCAUUCUGAGUUGAGAGAAAUAAUUUUGGGCAAAGAUGGAGAAGAACUAGGUGGUUGGAUGCCAUUAUACAGUGAGGCAGAUGUGAAGGAUUGCAUAUUGAAGGUUCAGACACUUAAAUAUGCAGAAGAAGCCUGCUACAAUGGCAUAUUGAUUAUAAAGGCAUUGAGCUCUGGCGUAGAAUUUGGUAGUUGUAACUGGAUUUUAAGGGGUCCAAAGGGGGACGUAGGCUAUAUUUCAAGCUCCAGCUUCAACUCUGCUCAUGCAAUGAAUUUUGAUUUCCAUAGUCUACAAGGGACUCGCAUGUUAAUUUAUUCAGAUUUCUCAUCCUUGAGUAUCACACAAGAUGAGGAUGACAAUAGUUCCUCUAAACGAUCUGUUAAUGACUCAUUAUUUCUCAGUGAUCACAAUAGCAUCUCUGUAGAACAAGCAGAAUGCUUCCUCAACUCUGAUGAAAAUUUAGAAGAAAAGGAAAAGCUGGUUUUCAUAUCAUCCUGUGCUAUGGAGUGUGUCAAAGGUGGUGGAUCAGUACUAAUUCCUGUUAGUCAAAUUGGAACUUUUCUGCUGCUUUUGGAGCACCUGAUAGCUUUGCUAGAAUCUUCAGCAAUGGAGGUUCCAAUUUAUAUAAUUUCUUCUGUGGCGGAGGAAUUACUUGCAGUCCUUAAUAUCAUACCAGAAUGGCUCUGCAAACAACGACAAGAAAGGCUGUUUGCUGGGGAACCAUUGUUUUUGCAUGCUGAUCUGAUAAAACAGAAGAGGCUUCAUGUGGUUCCAGCUAUUUAUUCACAUAAACUCCUAAUGAAUUGGCAGGAACCGUGUAUUGUAUUUUCUCCUCAUUGGAGUCUGCGCCUUGGUCCUGUUGUUCAUUUGCUUCGAUGUUGGAGUGGGGAUCCAAAAUCUUUACUUAUCCUUGAGGAUGUUCUGAAUCCUGAACUAGCACUUCUACCUUUCAAGCCAAUUGCAAUGAAGGUUCUUCAAUGUGCGUUUCCCUCUGGAAUAGAGUUGCAGAAAGUACUACCUUUGUUGAAGAUAUUGCAGCCAAAGAUAGUUCUGUUUCCUGAGGAUUUAGGGUCACAGAUCAGUUUUUCAAGUGCAAGCUCAUUCACAGUUUCUCAUUACACUGAAGGCAAAACUCUGAGAGUACCAUGCCAAAAAGACAAGAGAGAGUUAAAAAUUGCAAGAGACUUGGCUUCUCAGUUCCAAUGGAAGAAGUUGAAGAAAGAAGACAUCAAUAUCUCGAGAUUAAAGGGGGAGUUAUUCCUGGAAAAUGCUAAGCAUCACUUGUUUUUGCAAAACCAACAAGAAAAUUCGUCAAAAAGUAGGCCUCUGCUUCAUUGGGGUUCACCUGAUAUGGGAAGGCUUUUGACAGCAUUAUCAAAGUUGGGCAUUAAUGCAACUCUGGAACAUGUUACAAGUAAUACAGAACCACAUAGUACCUGUGUUCUUCAUGUGCAGGAACCUCACAGAGCUUCAAUAGAGGUUGGAGCAACCCGUACUGUUAUUACUGCUGCAAAUGAGGAUGUGGCCUCCCUAAUUUUUGAAGCUAUAGAUGGCAUUAUGGAUGGGGUUUGAAUUAGUGACCUUUAUUUCUUUGAUGUUUUCACAGAAUUUUUUUUUUCAUGGUGACUAAAGUCAAUCAUGGUUUUGUGAUUUGCUCUUUGAUUAACAUUGGGAUUAUCAUCUAAUUGAAACAAAAGGUUUGUUAUGGAAUAUAUAUGGUAGUUCAUAA